AUGUCAAUUUGCAGGUCUCUGUCUGAUCGCCGCACAGUUGGUAAACAUGUUUGCUCCACCAGUGGUCCGAAGCUGAAAAAGAUUUUGGACGUCAACUUGAUGGUUGAAAAAGCGAUAGUCCAAGACAUGAUGGCCACAUCUGCAAACAGGGACACUUUUAUCGUGUCUGCAGUUCGCUUUAUGAGAACCCAUCAGUUUGAUGGGAUAAACAUCUUGUGGGUGAAUGAAAACAAUCAAGUCAAUAAGGCGUUGUACACUUCCCUCAUUGAGGAAUUCAGAGUCAAAAUCGAUGCUGAGUCGCUUGCAUCUGGAGAAGCUGCUCUACUGCUCACUGCGAGUGUCGCUGCUCAGAUACUGGCCAUUGAGAAGAGUUAUGAGGUCCCGCAGAUUGCAGCUGCCGUCGACUUCUUGAAUGUGAGGACAUCAGACGUUUACUUUCCAUCAGCGCCACUAUCUUUCAGCACUCCAACUGCCUCAUUCAAUAUGGCAACCACAUCAAUGGAAUACUGGGAGUUUAAGGGAGCACCGGCCGCUAAGCUUAACAUGGGAAUCGGAGUAUUUGGACAAGUUUUUACUGUCGACGCUGAGGGUAAAGUUGAACCGCUUAAAGGGAGCUUGAGUGAUGUACCACCAGGUCUGUGGGCCCGUUAUGAGGUGUGCUCUUUGCUGGGAAGCUCUGCUGCACCAGAUCUUUGGAUUGCCUUUGACAACAAAGCCGCCAUUGAUGCAAAGGUCAAUUACAUUGUAAACAACAAUUAUGGGGGAGCCUUUGUCAUGUCUGUGGACCUGGAUGACUUCGAUGGAAAUUCCUGCAAAAACACGAAUGAUCUGAAUGGACCAUAUCCCGUCAUCCAACAUUUGCACAACCAAUUAGCCAUCUAAAAGUUGGAUGACGGAAUAAAGCACCAUCAUUAUGGUUUAUGUAAUCAUGUUUACUUAAUUUACCAAACAUGAGUGAAUGCUU